AUGUGGCAGGUUGUUAUGAAGACUGUAUAACUAUAUACAACACAUGAAUAACACUUGACUACUAUAUAGAUAGGGAAACAUAACUUGUAACAGGUAAACUCCGCUGAAAAUAAAUAACUGUAUACAGCACUGGUAUGAUGAUAUCGAAGACAUAUACAAGGUAUAUGUAACAUACUACAUAGAAUGAUGAAUGUUGUUUAUAUGGCCUGUUAUGAGAUUAUCUGCUAUAACAGAUAAACUUAGUUUCUUUUUAUAACAAUUUAGCUAUUGUUCUUCGUAUCAGUCACGUGCCGACGCUGUUACUAUGGUGAGUAUCUGAGAACGCACUUCCCUGACACUGACAAUAUUAUCACAGAGAAAUGCAUUAGCAGCACUCCUGUCAGAGUUAGCAUAGUGUGUCAGUGAUGGAAAGAUCCUUGGUGUUGACGAUCAUACACCGAAACAGUCUCAUAUCAGUUUCCUAAUGCGUUAUCAUUAUAACGUGAUGAGAUAUUGUUUUCAUCAAAUUUCAGUGACAAAACUACUGAUACAGUGACGUCAUCAUUAGAUUACAUCCUUCGAAGAGGAAAUAAAACCCAGCACUGCCGUUUGUCUCUAUCAUGGCUAUGUGGAGAAUGUUCAAAGUUCGCUCGAGAAUAAAGACGAUAUUCUUGGCCUUUGGAUGGUUAGGAAGACAUACCCUGGCAUGUCUAGGUAUCUGGUUCCUGCUUCUGGUUGUUAUAUAUGUGUACUUGAAUGACCUACCACAGACUCAAAAGACACGACUGACCCCUCACCUGUUUCAUAGGGAGGAAGGAAUUCUACCAUCAACACUGGAAGAUGGCUCCAUUGGUAGGGUACAACAACCACCUGAUUCCAGAAACAGGAGAACACAUUUUACACCGCCUGACACACUUACAAGUUGGGAAACACAGUCUAGACAGGUUCCAGGGGGUGAAUAUGUCACCCUGGAGGGGAGACUGAAGGAAUACUGUAACCCUCCCUCUGAUGACUUGCAGAGGAGUGAGGAAGGUAAGAGUAGGAGAGAUUCUGUAUGAGAAGAUUUGGGUGGUUGUAUGGGGCACACGUGCCUUUAAGGUUAAUGACUUGGGUUUGGAUAAGAAAAAGUAUGUUGUUACCUACCUGAUUACAUGAAUUUUACCCCAGGUGCUCCGGAUUCCUUCCACAGUAAUUUUCAAAUUAAAUUUAUUUCAGAACUAUCAAAUCAGUUAAAGCAUUACCAUCAUUAAUCUUGCUCACACUAUCAUACAAUGUUUCUUCUCCACCUAUUGACAUUUGUAUAAAUAUAUAAACAUUCACACUAAUUCUUAGGUUGUAUUGCAAUAUUAAUCUGAUUCUUUUGUAAGAAAAACCAAUUUUCUAUACGAAGACUAAUAUUUUCUCUUAUACAAAGGGAGGUAACUCUCAAAAGCUUGGCAUUUAUAUAUAUGGCAUGUUUACAUAGUCUUGACAAAAUGUAUUUUGAUUAAUUUUAAAAUGUCACUAGUACACUGUUUUACAGUUGUUACUUUAUUAUACCCAGAUCCAUUUACAUUG